AUGAAUUUUGGCAUGCCUACACAUCGUUCGCGAGGCAUUGCAUAUUCCACCAACGGCGGCACGUUCAACAAAACCGACGUGGACAACAAGUUUUCCCUCUUCGUCAUCCAUGGUGUCAAGGGUACGAAUGGUUUAACCAGACUGCAGGCAUUAGCAAGCGGCAAUAAAAGAAGCAUCAUAGCCGAUGGGUAUAUAUACUUCCGUGUCCCAUGCCUUGACAACCUGGCGCGGCCCAAGUGGUGCAACCGCAUCAUUGUUGGUGAUGAUGAGACCUCUGCCAUCGACUCCAUGGUGUGCGAGGGCGACUCCAUCGCCUUUGUUACUCAGAGUGAGGGUAUCAAGACAAUAUGUGUGGGUGUGGGUGAAGAGACGAAAAUUGUUUAG